AUGGCUACUUCUAAAGGACAUGUAACUGGUAAUUUAAGAUUUCAAGAUGGAGAAAAGAAUUAUAUUGAUUGCUGUAAUUCUACAGGAAUACUUAUUCCUGCAGAUAUUGAGAAUAUAACAAAUGCAACAUUUCAAAAGCUACUAGAUGAAAAAUUUACAGUUCAUUUGGGGCCUUGCAUUAUAAUUACAGGAAAAGGUUUUCCAGAUAUAAAUACUAGAAAAUUGAUACAUAAACUAUGGAAUAUACUUCAUAUUCCUGUUUUGGCUUUAGCAGAUGCAGAUCCUCAUGGUGUAGAAAUUGUGUGUGUGUAUAAAUUUGGUUCAUUAUCAUUAGCACACAAUUCUGAUAAUUUGGCUGUACCUUGUUUAAAAUGGAUUGGCAUUCAUCCUACUGAUAUAGAUAGAUUACAUAUUCCUGAAAAAGCAUUAUUACCUCUUACAAAACAUGAUAUCAGCAAAGCUAAUGUUUUACUUAAAAGAAUUUAUAUUCAGCAAAAUCCCAUAUGGGAGCAUCAGAUAAAAACAAUAUUAAAGCUAAAUAAAAAAGCAGAAAUCCAAAGCCUAUGUGAAAUAUCAGAUACUUUUUUAUGCAAUGUUUAUCUGCCAGCAAAAAUACGACUGGGAGGAUGGAUUUAAUAUUUUUGAAUCAUAAAUUAGAAUAUUUUAAAUCUAGAAAAUAGUCAUAUGUCAUGAUAAUAAAUUUUAUAACAGU